AAUUUGCUUGCAAAUGCAAGUGUUUCAUGAAUUUAAGCAAAACGUGUAGUUCUCGCCGCAAAAGAUUGUGCUAAUAAGUUGUGUUAAUAAAUUAUGUAAAAUUGUUCUUAAAGUUGUUAAAUUACAUAAGCGCGUUUGAUACUUUUAAUUAUCAUUUGCUAUUAAAAAAGGUAAUAAUCUACUUAUUUAAUGUCUGCAGCAAAAAAGAAGAAAAGUGUUGUGCGCAGCAGCUUCGAAAUUUUUGAACAUCUAUGGAACGGUGCGGCUGCAAGUUCUGUAAGUACCCAGAGUGAAUUUGUGGAAUAGGAGGUUGUGCCUGAAGCACAGAAUAAUUUAGAUUCCUUGUUGCCAAACGAUGAUUAUAUUUCUGAUGAAAGUGAGAACUCGUCCGAUGGCGCCGUUAUUGAUUUCAAUAAACGUUUAGCUGCAUGGUUUGUAGAGAGCAAUGUGUCCAAUGUGCAUGCUAAUAAAUUAUUGUACUUAUUAAGCGACAAAAUUGAAGGUCUACCAAAAGAUAUCAGAACGCUAAAACGUACGCCGACUGAUGCUCCAGUUGUCUCGUUAGCAGGUGGAGAAUAUGCGCAUUAUGGCUUCAGAGACUGUUUGACAGAUUUUUUGCGGGAAUAUAAAGUGCAUACAAAUAUUUUAGAAUUGAACUUUAACAUCGAUGGAUUGCCAAUUUCGAAAAGUUCGCUGAAGAGCGUGUGGCCUAUUUUAAUGAAUGUAAAUGGGACGGAUUCAGUUUUCGUGUGUUUGGGUGUAAUGAAGGCUUUGCUUGGAUCCUGGAUAAAAGUUAAAAAUCGCAAUUAUUCUUUGCAACAAAAUGAUAUACGAAAACUAAACACAGAAUUUCAAUCCAUUGCGCGUUACAUACCAAGAGACUUUUGUAAGAAACCACGGGAUUUAAAAGAGAUAGACCGCUUCAAAGCAACGGAAUUCCGUCAGUUCCUUUUGUAUACAGGCCAGGUUGUGCUAAAGGACAUAUUGAGCGAAGAGAGGUACAUUCAUUUUUUGCAACUUAGUCUUGCAAUGCGAAUUCUCAUCAAUGCUGAAGAUUGUGUACGAAAUAACAAAUGCGCAGAGGAGCUGAUAAAGGAUUUCUUACUCAGAGUCCCUGUUUUAUAUGAUGAUUUAAUGUUAACAUAUAAUUUCCACUGUUUGAGUCAUUUGGCCAGAGAUUCCAUGCACUUUGGAUCACUAGAGACAACCAGUGCUUUCAAGUUUGAAAAUAAAUUAGGAAAAAUUAAGAAACUAGUUAAGAAAAAUAAUAAUGUUCCGUCCCAAAUUUACAACAGACUAGUUGAGCAGAGUGUACAUGGAAAUCAUCAUACAAAUAUUGUUUCUAAAAAAUCUACAGUACAAAGUGAUGGCACUUACAAAUUUGUUAAAACUAAAAACUUUUAUUUAUCAUCUAUUGCACCUGAGAACUUUUAUUUAGUACAAAAAUUAAUUUUCAAACUUAUUUCCAUAUCAAGAUCUGCUGAUAACGAUUUUGUACUUCACGGGCUAAGGGUACAAGACUUGCAUAACUUAUAUGAUAAGCCGCUUCAAUCAUCGCUUUUUAAUAUUUACCGUGCCGAAAAUCUCAGUUUUAACCAAACACCGAAUCACCAUACGCUUGACGAAGUAACAUCAAAAGUUAUAUGCUUCUACACCAGAUCGUCUUAUAUAUUUGUGCCACUCAUAGCAGAUCAUGUCGCAGAACAAUCUCAAUUACAUCGUCGACCCCAUUAAUAAUGACAUCGCAUCCUCACAAACUAUUUAUGUGAUGCAACCAAGUCCAAGCACAACAACAACUUCUUUGAAUAGUGCAACGUCGUCGGCAAUUCAAUCAGUAAUCAUCGACGCAUGUCAAAAGGCUGUUGAAAAGGUGGAGGAAAAAAAUAAGCUAAUAUUGUUGCGCCUAACAGGAAACGUUGAGGGGAUGCGCAAAGAAAUCAUUGAUCUUAAAAAAGCGAUAUCACAUAAUAACGUUACUAUUAUACCAAGCAAGCCGUAUGCUAAUAUUGAAGACUUCCUCAAUUUUGAGAAAACUAUUCUGGAAGAUAUAGAUAAAUUUUCCUUGCUGAAGGCAGAUCUAAAAAGAUGGUCAACAUCCAAUUCGAGAAAAUUUGUUACGAAAGCGUAGCAGAAGAUUAUGACUGACAACGUUGCUGAGAGCUUUCCCUGGCGAGGAACUGCAGAUAAGAAGUGCAUUAGGGCCUUCACUGUCGCCACUGCUUUUCAUCGUAAGUGAAAUACGUUUAAAAGGUUUCUAGUGACAUUUCUAUAUUCAUAUUUAAAUUCUAUUGCAGAAACUUUCGCUGAAAAUGGAGGCAAGGAAGAGGACUUUGUGUUUGCCUCUAAGUCAUAUUUCCAGUACGCAAAAAAUCGUAUUAAAAUUAAAACAACAAAAAAAGUAAACUAAAAUACUUAGUAGUAAUGAUUUUUUAAAUGAAAAAACAAUGAAGUUCCUAUUUUUAUAUUUUAAUGUAAUAUUAUUUUAUGAAGAAACCAAAUUUAAUAUU